CGUUCUCCUGCUUCCCCAGGGAAGGUGUCCCGGGAGUCCCUCGCUGCCCGCUGCGACCAUGAUGACCUCGAGCUACUGGAGUGAGAGCAGCAGCAGCAGCUGCGGGCCCCCGCAGCGGCCCGAGCCCCUGCACAUCCCGCAGCUGCACCCCGGCUACCAGCAGACGCCCGAGAAGAACGUGGUGUACGAGCGGGUGCGGACCUACAGCGGCCCCAUGAGCAAGGUGGUCCAGACUCUGGACCCCCUGGGCUCCCCCGCCGAGGUGCUGUCCCCGCUCAAAACUUCCUCUUCCUACCAAAACUUGGUGUGGAGCAGCGACCAGGAGCUCCAUUCUCCAACAUUAAAAGUAGCUACUUGUGCCCCAAAUACUCUGCACGUAACCCAUAAUAUCGAACAGGAUCUCCAUUCUCCCACAGUGAGAGUGACUACUUACCCACAGACCACCAUAAGGAGAUACAUAGUGCAAAAUCCUGAUCAGGAACCACUGUCCCCAUUUCUAAGAGGAGGCCAUUUUUUCCCAGGAAAUAAUGUCAUUUAUGAAAAGACAGUAAGAAAAGUUGAGAAGUUAAAUCCCGAUCAGGAAUGCUACCCUCAGAUUCAGUGUCAACAUCAUGUCAUACAGCAGCCCCAGAUUGUACAGGCUCAGCUGUGCCAACCGUGCCAUUCCACCCAGCAAACCCAAGUCAUCACGGGAAGUAGUUCACUUGCUACGAACACUGGAAAUGAGCUGUGCUACAGUGGAUCACACCAAACACAUGAGCAGGUGACAGUUGUUCAAGAGGAUGGCCCUGAAAAACUGGACCCCAAAUAUUUUGGAGAAUUGCUUGCUGACCUGAGACGCAAGAACACAGACCUGUAUCACUGCUUAUUAGAGCAUUUGCAAAAAAUAGGAGGAAGUAAACGGGACUUUGACUCUACAGACGAGUUGGAAGACAUCGAAGCCUUGAUUCCUAAAGGGCUGUCAGAGUUCACAAAACAACAAAUCCGAUACAUUCUGCAGAUGAGGGAGAUCUCCAACAAGUCUCACCGGCUGGUGCUGUCCACCUUCAGCAAUAUACGGGAGGAGCUGGGUCAUCUCCAAAAUGAUUUGGCAGCACUGGAAAACGACAAGAUAAGACUUGAGAAAGAUUUGGCAUUCAAAGAGACUCAGAUAAAGGAGUAUGAAGCACUCUUGGCGUCCGUGAGAGCCAAUAACCGCCAGCAGCAGCAAGGACUACAAGACUCCACUUCAAAAUGUCGGACCUUGGAGGAGACCAUUCUUUCUCUUCGACAUGGCCAGUCAGAUAUGGAAUAUCGACUAAAGGAAUUAGAAUAUUGUAAAAGAAAUCUGGAACAAGAGAAUAAAAACCUUAGAAUACAGGUGUCUGAGACCUGUACGGGCCCUGUGCUACAGGCUAAGAUGGAUGAGAUUGGGAGCCAUUACAUGGAAAUGGUGAAGAAUCUGAGAAUGGAGAAGGAUAGAGAAAUCUGCAAGCUUAGGGCACAACUGAACCAGUUCCAAAAGGAUGUUUCAAGAAGGGAAGGAAGUUGUAGUGACUACCAGCUCAAGCUUCACGAAUUGACCAGUUUGCUGGAAGAGAAGGAUUGCCUCAUAAAGCGGCAGUCAGAGGAACUCUCCAAAUUGAGACAAGAAAAAUAUUCUUCCCAUAAUCAGGCCUCAGGCACUGGAAGGACCACUAUCACCACCACUAAAAAAUACAGAACCCAAUAUCCAAUUCUGGGGCUCCUUUACGAUGACUACGAAUACAUCCCCCCAGGCAGUGACACCCAAACCAUUGUCAUUGAAAAGACAGAAGACAAAUGGACUAGUCCAUGAAUUCAGCACCUGCUGUUCGAAGUUCACGCAAUGACUAUGUUACUGCUUAUGUCUUGGAAAAUAUGAGAAAUGAAGGUCAAUCCAAAUUUUGAACCAUAAUAACACCUAACCUGCCUAAUGAAAAUAGAUUUGUGGAUGGCAGUUUUUUCUAACGUAUUUACAAUGGAAUCAGGGAAGUGCUUAAGUUUUUAUUUCAGACAUACCAAGAGCAUGCUCUACUACUUAGAAAAGAUACUUCCAAAGACACUGGAUUGGCUUUUUGGGACAGGGACUUUAUUCCAUUCUAUUAUUUUCCCCCAGAUUAGAUAGAGUAUGCACCUUUACUUUAGAUAGUACUUUUGAUGAAGGGGUAGGGGUGGAGGGAAAACAAUUUAAUUAGUACUUGUGUCUACAUAGCUUGGAUUAAUUUUUUUUCUCCUUAUGAAUGAAAGGGAAGCUAUAGAUUAUGUAUCUAUCUCUUUAAGACAUCUCAGGUGAUGGUUUGCUUUACUUAGCAGUGAAAAAGGAUUGAGAGUUCUCAACUCCUUAACAAGUAAGAUAAUUUCACCAAACUUUACAUAGUCCUUUGGUGGUUCCAAGAACUAAAGGACUUCAAGUAAUGCCCCCUCCCUCACAUAAAUGAGUAAACCCCUAAUUUCUAGCUACAAAUAACUUCACUGCAAUGUCUAAAAUGGACACGGAAAUAGUAAAUAACUCUUUCUCGUUUUAACUGAAAUUUAAGAGUACAACCCGCUGCCCCCCUCACACCUCUACUACUCAUGAACCUGGAAAUACUUUUUUAAACCUGAUAAAACAUCAAUUUCUAGCAAAAUUCACACAGAACUCGCAAAAUCAAUGAACACUUUGCAUUUUAUCAAGUUCCCAUUUUAAGAAAUGGUAGAAAAAGCAAUACAUACUUUCUGUACCUAAUUGUUAUAUUCAUUUUCAGUGUGGUGGUUUAUAAGGAAAUAUUAUUGGACACAUACUUAAAAGGUUAUGGUUUGUGGUUCCAUCUAAAUCUGAUGAACUUUGGAAUUGUAGCAAAUGCAGGUUUAAGCAUUCUGGAUUUUUUCCAUGACACAAGAAGUCAUGGGCCCUAUAGGCAAUUCCUCCAUGUAACUGUGAUAAAAACCCUUAGAAGAAGGAAUUAAACAGACAAUAUGAAGUGAGCUGGUAAACAGUUCUCUCAGUGUUUGAAAAUUAUAACAGGUAUCAUUUUUCUUACCUUGAGACAAGAAACAGAGCAGUGACUUGGUUUCAGGGUGUGUCACUACACCUGCCAACUGAGUCCAUGCCACAAGACAAUGCUGUUGCUAUAUUACAAUCAAGGCCUUUCGGCUGCUGCAAAUUUAAAAAAAAAAAAAACAAAAAAAAAACAGCCCCCUCUCCCCUCCCC